UGUGGAACUUCGACCAUCUCUUUUGUCCCGAAAGGAAUUUUUUAUCACUGAGAAAUCCGGAACCAGCUUCAAAGCAACUGUGGCCCAUCAGUAUUGACGAUCGGAAGGCCGACAAACCGAAGGAGGAUGUUGACUGAUGGUUAGAGCAGGAAGCAGGCUGGACUCCUGAGUUCUAUUUCUGCUUGUCCCUCCCACUUCCCACUUCUCGGUGACCUUGAGUGGUUUAUCGGGAACACGAGCUGGAAGCCCCCUCCGCGGCUGCACGAAGAAUCCCGUCAGGAAGAUUGCUGACCGAGGAGGAGCAUUCCCCAGACCGAUUGGAUUUGUUACCCCGGCAGCCGUUUGCUCGUCAAGGUGGCGUUCCACGGGCUACCCCCGUUGGCACCCUGCCACUCUCCCCGGUGACCAGCGAUCCUAGCCCGGAGCGCAGACCUCCCUCCUCAGCAGGGAGGAGGAAGCCGAGCCCCUCCCGAGGGAGGAAGGCGAUCCCAUCUCCUCCUAUCAUCGAAUCGGUUUUCCUUGGAUCCUGCUGCCCCGGCUGAGGCCCGGAGUUCUGAAGCCGAGGAUGAAGCGGAGAGCAUCGGAUAGAGGAGCCGGGGAAACAUCGGCCAGGGCGAAGGGUCUCGGAACUGGGAUUUCUGGAAACAACGCAAAGAGAGCCGGACCAUUUAUCCUAGGUCCCCGUUUAGGUAACUCACCAGUGCCAAGUAUUGUUCAGUGUUUGGCCAGGAAAGACGGGACAGAUGACUUCUAUCAGCUGAAGAUCCUCACACUGGAGGAGAGGGGGGACAAAGGGAUAGAGACCCAGGAGGAAAGGCAAGGCAAGAUGCUGUUACACACCGAGUAUUCUCUGCUUUCCCUCCUCCACAAUCAGGACGGCGUAGUUCACCACCAUGGGCUCUUCCAGGAUCGAGCCUGUGAAGUCACCGAGGACUUGGAAUCCACCCGGAUGGUCCGGAAAAUGAAGAAACGCAUCUGCCUGGUCCUCGACUGCCUCUGCGCUCACGACUUCAGUGACAAAACGGCAGAUCUGAUCAACCUCCAGCAUUACGUCAUUAAAGAGAAGAGGCUCAGCGAGAGGGAAACGGUGGUGAUAUUCUAUGACGUGGUACGAGUGGUCGAAGCAUUACACAAGAAAAACAUUGUGCACAGAGACCUGAAACUGGGAAACAUGGUGCUAAGCAAAAGGACUCACAGGAUAACCAUCACCAACUUCUGUCUCGGAAAGCACCUGGUGAGCGAGGACGACUUGCUGAAAGAUCAGAGAGGGAGCCCGGCCUACAUCAGCCCAGACGUCCUCAGCGGCCGGCCGUACCGGGGGAAGCCGAGCGACAUGUGGGCGUUGGGGGUGGUGCUGUUCACCAUGCUGUACGGACAGUUCCCCUUCUACGACAGCAUUCCUCAGGAGCUCUUCCGCAAGAUCAAAGCUGCAGAGUACAUGAUCCCCGAAGAUGGGCGGGUUUCUGAGAACACCGUGUGUCUCAUCCGGAAACUGCUGGUCCUCGAUCCCCAGCAACGCUUGGCAGCCUCCGAGGUCCUGGAUUCCCUCAGCUCCAUCAUCGCGUCAUGGCAGUCCAUGUCCUCCCUCAGCGGUCCGCUGCAGGUGGUUCCCGAUAUCGACGACCAGAUGAACGGCUCGGAGAGCGCCCAAGAGGCCAAAGUGACAGAAGAGUGUUCCCAGUACGAGUUCGAGAACUACAUGCGGCAGCAGCUGCUGCUGGCGGAGGAGAAGAACUCACUGCCUGAGGCCAAGGGCUUUCUGCAGAAGCGCCAGUUCGGGAACAUCCCGCCCGUGCGGCGUCUGGGCCACGACGCCCAGCCCAUGAACCCGCUGGACGCCGCCAUCCUCGCCCAGCGAUACCUUCGGAAGUAGCCCGCCGAAACCCCGGGCCCCCACGCAGCACAAGCGCCGGCCGCCUCCCGGACUCAAGAACAACAGCAAUAGCGGGGGCCGCCCCCGCCCCGAGAGAAAUGUAGCAGUUUGACCUAAGCUCCGGGCCGGGCCCACGUUCCCUCAUGGCUGUGGGGAGAGAGAGAGAGAAAGAGAGCGGGAGAGAAAGAGGACUCCAGAACGCAUUUCGGAAGCAACCCUCGCACUCACACUCUGCUGUCUCCUGGAAUGAUUUUUUUUUUAAUCCGAAAGCCUAGACAACUAAUCUGCUUUUAAUCAUGACUUUUUAAUCUACCUCUGUCUUUUUAACCGUGCCGUUCUGUGGAUCAAAUAGAACGGAAGAGCAAGGAGCCCUCAGAAACCACCAUCGGCAACUUAGCACGAGCCUUGGCUCGCAAGGCCCUCAAGCCUGGGGCGAUGCCCCUGCCAGGGGGCGGGCCGGGGGACAGCUGGGGUGACCGGGCCACCUGGCUGGAAUAAGCUUGUCGUCAUUUCUGGGUUUUAGGCAAGCCUACCCAUUUCUGAAAACCUCUCCCUUCCCCGCCUGUCCGUGUCUCUCCCCCACGGAACCCCCGUCACUCCCUCCCACUUGGACAAACCUUCGUCUCGUCUUAAGCCUGGUUCAAAUAUAUUUAUUUUUGAUAAA